AUGGAGUUGAGGCAUUUGGCUCUCGAAAGCUGUUUCAUACACCCUCCAACUGUCUUUAAGGGAUUUGAUUGUUUAACUGUCCUAGAAUUAAAUCAUGUCGAAAGUUCUGAUGAAUUUUUUCGAAAUCUGAUCUCCAAUUGCCAGUUGCUUGAGCCUUUGGCGUUAGAGCAACCAUAUUGUUUAAAUCUCGUUGAAAUUGAAUCUCCCACGCUGAGGUCAUUUGUUUACGCAGGACUUGUACAUGAAGUUCAUCUAAAAAAAGUCCCUCUUCUUGCAAAAGUUUCGGUUACGUUUUCAUGUUCACCGACAGGAGUACAUGCUCUUGCCAAGUUUUUUGAAUCUAUUCCUGCUCUCGAGCAUUUCCGCUGGUGCAUUGAAGUACCAAGAAGGCUUUCCUUUGCUCUGAACUGUCUUAAACAUCUUCACAUUAAUUUGGUGUACCUAGAUGAAUUGCCUGAGCUUCAAGGUGCUGUUUGCUUCAUAAGAAGCUCCCCUUAUUCACAAGAUAUUGAAAUUCAGGUGUAUCAACGUUUUCAGCCCGAUGAAUAUCUGAAAUUGCUUGAUCCAGUGACCAGGGAUUAUGUUGAUGAAAUUCCUGCAAGCUUCUCAGAUGUGACACUGAAUCACCUCAAGGCAGUUAAGCUUGAAGGUAUUGCUGGAACAAGGCCUGAAAUGCAGCUUAUCCAGCUUCUAUUAGCCAAGUCUCCAGCUCUGGCGAGAAUGAAAAUCGACCCCUACUAUGGAUUGGAAGAUAAAAAAUCUCUCAAAGUAGUUGCAGAGAUAACAAAUUUUCAGCGGGCGUCAUCUAAAGCAGAAGUUGUAUAUAAUGUAGAUUAG